AGAGAGAGAAAUACAACAACAGAUAAGGAGGGAGGCAAGAGUAAGAAGGGAAAAAGGGGGAAACGUAAACAUAAGGAUAGGAUAUAGGAAAUUAAAAGUGGGAGACAGAUGGUACAAAUGGAACGAAAAGGAAGAGAGACUGUCGGAGGAAAGAAGGAGAGGGGAAGAAAAAUGAAAUGAGGAGAGAAAAUGGGGGGGAAAGGCAGGGGGAAAGGCAGGGGGAAUGAAAAUGUGUUUCUGGAACGUAGCAGGACUAGUAGGUAAAGACAAGGAGGUGUGGGAGUACAUAAAAGCAUUUGACGUAGUCGGACUCACAGAAACAUGGUUAGAGGAAAGCAAUUGGGAAAAAGUGAAAUACAGACUACCCAAGGAAUUCGAAUGGAAAUGCAGAGCGGCAAGGAGAAUAAGGAAGAAAGGAAGAGCAAAAGGGGGAAUAAUAACUGGUUUAAGAAAGGGACUGAAGGAACUGGAACACAAAGAAAUGAGCGAUAAUAUGGUGGAAAGGAAAAUAGCAUAUAAGGACAAGACAUUCAGGAUAAUAGUGGUAUAUAAUCAAGACACGAAAGGAACAUGGAAAGAGAUAGAGGAAAGAGUAGACGGGAGAGAAGAGGAAGUGAUGAUAGUCGGCGGGGACUGGAAUGCGAGAACGGGAGAAGAGGGAGGGCAGGUAAGCGAGGACAUAGGGAAGGAAAGAGGCAGGCGAUCAAAAGACAAGAAAAUAAACGCGGAGGGAAGAAUACUGCUUAGGUACCUAGAAGAGAGAGGCUGGACGAUAAUAAACGGCAGGGAUGAAGAGGGAGAGGAGUGGACAUAUAUCGGGGAGAGAGGAAACUCGGUGAUAGACUAUGUGAUCGGAAACCAGGAGGCGACAGAAGAAAUAACUAACAUGAAGGUAGGAAGAAGAACAGAGUCGGACCAUAUGCCACUGGAAGUAGAAAUAGAGGGGCCAGAACUACAAAAAACGGAAGAAAGAGAAGAAGAAGAGAAGGAGAGAAGGGAGUGGACAAGGGAA